CUCUUUCAGUUCAAGAUGGCGGACGCAGAGGCAGCGUCCGUGAAGAAGAAGAAGAAGACGAAGAAAGUCAGCGAAGAAGAAGUUGGGGAGAUUCAACAGAGCGGAGACUUCUUCAUCAAACCGGAGUCUAAGGUGGCCUCUCUGGACACGUCACAGUGGCCUCUGUUGUUAAAGAAUUUCGAUAAACUCAACAUCCGGACGGCUCAUUACACUCCUCUACCACACGGCAGCAACCCUCUGAAGAGGAGCAUCCAGGACUAUGUCAGGUCAGGCUUCAUCAACCUGGACAAACCGGCGAACCCGUCAUCUCACGAGGUCGUGGCGUGGAUCAGGAGGAUCCUGCGGGUGGAGAAGACGGGUCACAGCGGGACACUCGACCCGAAGGUCACGGGCUGUCUGAUCGUCUGUGUGGAUCGAGCCACGCGAUUGGUCAAGUCCCAGCAGAGUGCCGGUAAGGAGUAUGUGGGGAUCGUUCGGCUGCACAAUGCGAUAGAGAGCGAACACGCUCUGGCUCGGGCACUGGAGACGCUCACCGGCGCCCUGUUCCAGCGGCCGCCGCUGAUCGCCGCCGUGAAACGUCAACUUAGAGUCCGAACCAUCUACGAGAGCAAACUGAUCGAAUACGACCCUGAGAGGAGGCUGGGUAUAUUCUGGGUGAGCUGCGAGGCAGGAACCUACAUUCGGACACUGUGUGUCCACCUGGGUCUGAUGCUUGGGGUCGGAGGUCAGAUGCAGGAACUAAGAAGAGUCCGGUCCGGAGUGCUGGGAGAAAAGGACCACAUGGUGACGAUGCACGACGUCCUGGACGCACAGUGGCAGCUGGAUCACAACAAAGAUGAGUCGUACCUGAGGAGGGUGAUCUUCCCUCUGGAGAAGCUGCUGGUGUCUCACAAACGGCUGGUGAUGAAGGACAGUGCGGUGAACGCCAUCUGCUAUGGGGCAAAGAUCAUGCUGCCAGGUGUCCUCAGGUAUGAAGAUGGCAUCGAGCUGAACCAGGACAUCGUCGUCAUAACAACCAAGGGCGAGGCCAUCUGCACAGCUGUUGCUCUGAUGACGACAGCUGUGAUCUCCACAUGUGAUCACGGUGUUGUGGCGAAGAUAAAGAGGGUGAUCAUGGAGAGAGACACGUAUCCACGGAAGUGGGGUCUGGGACCGAAGGCGAGUCAGAAGAAGAUGAUGAUUCAGAAAGGACUCCUCGACAAACACGGCAAACCCAACGGCAGCACGCCGGACGACUGGAAGAGCCAAUACGUCGACUACAGCGUCUCCCAGGCAACGGAGGAGUCAUGUGACCCGUCGGCAAAGAGGAAGAGGGGAGUGACGGACAGCGACGGUGAAGCUACGGCACCCAGCACGCCGUCUGCAGACGAUGUGAAGAAAGAAAAGAAGAAGAAGAAAAAAGAGAAGAGGCAGAAACUGGAGGAGGCGGGGCCUGAGGAGGCGGGGCCUGAGGAGGGGGCGGAGCCUGAAACAGAGGUUGAAAGUACCAAGAAGAAGAAAAAGAAGAAGAAACAGAAAGAUGAGGAGACGUCAGAGUGACGACAGAUCAACAGGAGGACUCCGCCCACCACACCUGUCUGAAUGCAAAGCAUUGUGGGAGUUUAAGAAUGGACUGCAUGAAUGCAGGGAGAAGAGGAUGUUUGUUUUUUAUAUAUAUACUUUUUUCAGCUGUAAAUACCCGAACAGGAAGCCUGUUUGUAAUUUCAAAAUAAAGGUAAAGGUGUUUUCUGUA